GAAAACGAAAGUAGCAUGCGGAGGUCAAAAAUGACUUUGAUGAAAUAAUAAAUCAGUGUUUGAACUACACAUUUCAUGAGAAAAUUUCUCGCAAGAAUAUAAUGAAAACCAAAGAAAACGAAGCUAAUGGAGCGAUUUCCUAUUCCGGUGAUAAAGAACGACGGACAUUGUUUUCUAAACAAAAUUUAAUACUGGAAUGUAAAAAAUAUGUUGCAGCCUUAAGACCAUGGUCUUUCACUGCAAGUUUUACACCGGUAGCAUUGGGAAGUACACUGGCAUAUAAAUCUACUGGAGACUUUAGUUUCAUCUCAUUUAUUAUAGCAUGUCUAACUGCUUUGUCAAUACACGCUGCAGGAAACCUGGUAAACACCUAUUAUGAUUUCAUCCAAGGUAUAGACACAAAGUCAUCAGAUGAUCGGACACUUGUUGAUAUGAUUUUGUCGCCACAAGAUGUUGCCAGGCUAGGAGCUAUAUUUUAUUUAUUCGGUUGUAUAGGGUUUCUCAUUCUUACUCUUACAACAUCAGCUCGCAUGGAGCAUUUGGCGCUUGUGUACUUUGGGGGACUUUCCAGUAGUUUUUUGUAUACUGGAGGAUUUGGAUUGAAAUAUAUUGCUCUUGGAGACAUACUAAUUAUAUUUACAUUUGGACCACUUUCUGUGCUUUUUGCCUAUUUAUCACAGUGUGGUCAUUUAUCAUUAGUGCCAAUGUUAUAUGCUAUACCUUUAGCUUUGAACACAGAGGCAAUUUUACAUUCAAACAAUGUGAGAGAUAUGGAAUCAGAUCAUCGUGCGGGAAUAGUGACUCUUGCAAUCCUACUCGGAAAGACUGGAUCAUAUCUGCUAUUUACAGCUUUACUUUUCAUUCCAUUUAUCAUAAUUGCUGUGAUGGGAAUGAACAUUUCUAAAUGGAUGUUCUUGCCAUUACUAUGUAUAUUUCAAGCUUUUAACCUUGAAAGAGAAUAUAUGAAAGGAAAUCUCCAAAGACUGCCACAUGAUGUUGCCAAGCUUAACUUGUUGAUGGGAAUGCUUUUUAUAUUGGGCAUUGCUUUAGCAGAUAGAUCUGUGUUUCAAAACCUGUAGAUUUAUAUAAUCAAGCAAUUAGGAAAUGUAAUUUUUUGAUGUCAUAAAUUUAUGGAAUUAUACUGUACAAUUCAUGUACACCUUCAAAUGUAUAAGCUUUAUCAUAACAUUCAUUCUACAAUCUACUUUGCUUCUUCAAAAUAUCAGCAACAUUAUAUGUUCAACAAUACUGACAGUCUUCAAAUUUAGCACAGGACCGACAGCCCCUGGCCUGUGAAAAUCUGUUCGGUCCUGUUGAUUUUUUAGAAUUUUGUAGUACAAUCUUAAUUAAAAUUUGAAGAAUAAUGAAUUUGGUCUUGUAAAUGCCAAACCUCAAUUUCUAUGACUGUACUGAUUAUGAUACAUUGUAUGUCUUAACAACUUCAAUUUCCAAUAUGUAGACUGAUAGAAGAAAGUAAAAUUGGUGUACAUUUGUAGGUUGAUGCUAAUGAUUUAAGAAACUUACAUUUAGAUAAGCUACUAUUUGUACAAUGUAAAGUUUACACAAUGUUUAUAAGCUUAUUGUAUGCAUGCUUAUUAUGGAACUGUUUUAAAAUAUCAGUUCAGAAGAGUUAAAACCAGAUUGUUAUUAGGAAGUACAUGUACAAAAAUGUACAUUGUACAUGUAUAAGAGUGUACAUGUGUGUGAACAUACACAUGUAGAAAAGAUAUCCAGGCAUGACUUAAAUUCAAAGAUGGGGGACCUCAUUUUAGCUAUAGGCUGUGGUGAUUUUUGUAUACUUUAUUUUCACUACAUGUAAAUGUAUGCCCAAUUCAAUACAAAUCUGUAUACAUUGUUUGAAUAUGAUAACAUGUAUGAUAUUUAAACUGAGAGUUGAAAAUGAAACUGCAGAUAUGUAGUUCUUAAAAUUUAAUCCAUAUUAUCAUGAUUAUUAAACUAUUCUUUUUGUUAAAUUUGUACAUUGUACAAUGUACAUGUGUAAAAAAUGAAAACAACACGUUUACACAAAUUUAUUGCCUCCGAAGAGCUUUUCUGGAUUUACCUUCAUCAGGAACACUCAAAGCCGAAUAUUUGAAAGCCAAGGAUGUAUAAAACCGAAACAGUUGAAGAGCUAUAUAAUAAAAAAUGACCUAAAAUAAUAGCCAAAUCCUUCUAAGGCCAACUUUGCAUGAGGGAGUUCAAACCUUAGCAUGCUUAGUUUCUUUUAAUUUCACAAUUUAUUAAGGGGCAAAUUAAGGAAAGUUUGUUAUCAACCUUAAUGGAUCUUAUUCUCAAUAUUCAUGUAGGUAUCAAAAUAUAUUGUACAUAUGUAAAUGAAUCUUAUUUUCAAUGUAUCAUAUUGUAUUUUUAUUUUUAUUCAUACAUCAUGUACAUGUAUAUGAUUCAAUAGAUGAUCUGAUACAUUGUACAUGUAUAUAUUUGAUAGAAUUAUUUUAUUUCAAUUACCUUGCUCAUAAAGUUUACAGUGCUUGAAAUGCUAUUUUAUUUGUUGCCAAGACACAUGUAGGGGGCUCCAGUAGUAUACCCCUUAGGUCCCAAUUAAGGUGGCUUUUGAAAUGCCUCAUGUCACUUUUAGACAUUCAAAUAAGAUUCCAAGUAAGGUUUUUAACAGUUUUAAAGAUCACAGGUCAUUUUAAAUGAGACUUUAGGUUGCCUGCCAUACCUCCAAGGUUGCAGGUCAGAUUUGACCAUGUUCAUGAUGUUGGAACCACAUGUUGUUAAAUCAUCAAUUUGAUUUACCACAAAUUACAUGUUAAUUAGCAAGGGUAACAGAGUUCUUAAAUAAUCAUGUUAAGGCCAUGCAAAAAUGAUUGUUUGUAACACAAUACACUACAAACAGCUCAGAGUCUGAAAAGAGAUUGUCUCGACAGUACUUAACUAUACUUAACUGUACUCGACUUUGGUCUUGACUUUACUUAAUAAGUCUGAUUCAGUACUUGAUGAUCUUGUUUUAGUCUAAAAUGGUCUCGACCAAGGCUCGACCUGUCUUGACUAGUCUUGACCUUCAGAUUUAGUCUUGAAUGGUCUGAACCAACUGUUCAGGGUUCGACCUCUGCGGUCGUAUCAAGCUGCGCCCCAGCGGAGCAUUUUAUUGUAAUUCUUAUAUGCCUUCACUGGGAGUCGAACCCCUCCUUGAAAUCUGUUAUGUGUGACUGACAUCAACACAUCGACGAAACCUCUCAGCUACCAAUGGGUUGCAAUUUAGAUGUCUAUUUUAUAUACAUAAAUGAACAUAUGAUACACAUCGGUACAACAGACACACAGGGCAUGUACCUUUAUAUAUACAUAAUAGGCAAUCAUAUAGUAUUAGUUGGUAUCCCCGAGGUUAACAUGGUUAAGACCAAUGAGAUAAAGAGUCAAGUUGAAGGUAGAGACUUGUCGGUUUAGGUUUGAAUCCCUGUAUUCUCGUUGUUGUCUCUAUUCUUUAUUUUUUCUGUUUUUCUUAUUUUGUAUGUUAUUGUGGAUAUGUUUAUAACAGCAGGUUUGCUCGUUGUUUUUUUUUCUGAUUAUCAUUGGCUAUUUCACAUAUUUGAAAAGAAAAUGAUUACAUCAAUUUGUCCAUUUUUGUCUUGCCUUGACCGAGUCAAAAAGCGAGACAUAGAUAUGCUGUUGUCGGCGACGUCAACAAUGUAAUAGUUUGUGAUUAGGUCUAGUUCAUGGGGAACCACUAGUGGUAGGUCAAUGAUUUUUGGUAUGCAGGUGUAUUAGCAUUGGCACAUCUCAUUUCCAUGGAGAUUAUUUGGCCCUGCCCCCUCAGUCAUGGUCUAUUGACUUUGAAACUUUUGCUUAGUUUACAUGUAUAAGUUUGUGAUUAGAUCAGUUUAAGAUGAACCACUAAUGUUAAGUCAAUGAUAUGUGGUAUGCAAAUGGAAAUUAUAUAGCCCCACCCCCUCAUCAUGGUUCAUUGACUUUGAAACUUUUACAUAGUUUACAAGUUAAUGUUUGUGUUUAGGUUUGUUUAAAGGGAACGACUUUUGAUAAGUCAAUGGUAUUUGGUAUGCAGUUGUAUUAGCAUUGGCACAUCUCAUUUCCAUGGAGAUUGUUUAUCCAUGUACUUUCAGUCAUGGUUCAUUGACUUUGAAUCCUUUCAUAACUUACAUGUUAAAGUAUUGCUAUUUUAAUUUCAACAUUUGCAUUAUCAAAAUCACAAAAUGGAGAGACAUAUCUCUGUGUUAACAGUUUAUUGUUUUAUGAAUAUAGUAAGAUUCCAUUUGUUUUACAACAUAUCUUCACAAAUGUUUAUUCGCAAAUCCCUAGGCGAGUAAAUCGUGCUGUGCCUAGAAUUAGACUUCUUGCUAGAAAUUUUGGUACCAUACUUAUCAUAUAUACUUAGAAAUAAGUUCGAAUAUGUCGACGUCUUAUUUUGUAAAUUAAGGAUAAUAUUCAGAUGCCUGCUAAUUUAAAGACAGACGUGUUAUGUUAUAUUUGCAUUUCUCUAACCAAUUAAUUGUGAACUUAGAUUUAUUAAUGCAUUGUUGAACAUGAUAACAUGGUUAUUUAAACUCACUUACAAUACCUUCUUAUUUAGAAAAGGUCUUAAUUUUGAAAAGACAUCAACACAAUUGUUUAAGUUAGAGAUACAAUGAAUAAGCGUUGAUUCAUUGUAUCUAUAAUACAUAAUGCAUUCAUGACACAAAAUCACAAGCACUUGCAUUGACAAAACCCUAAUCAAAGGAAUUGCUUUUAAUGCUAUUCUUUACCUUUAUGGAGCAUUAGCUCUAAAAUUCAUGUUCUUCAAUUUGGCUUUUUGAUUUAUAACAUACAUGUACUAUCGCUAAAACUUUUAUUCAAAGUCCAAAAAGUUUGAAAAAAAAUGUAAACAGUGCAUGGACUCGUUUUAAUGUAUCAGCAUUUCAUGCGUAUUUUGGAGAAGAAGCCAUCUUAUUAACUAUCGAGAUGAUCUACAAAAAUUGUGGAUGGCCAAUGACCUGAUCUAAACAUAAACAUAAAUGUAAAUAGACAGACAUGACAGACAAGCAUGUGCAAUUUUAUAGAAGAUUUUUUAAAUUUAAAUCAAGUAUAGGGAUUGAUAAUUGUUCAGGUUUAAAACUUAUUCUUUUAUGAAAACAAUACAUAUAUGUACAUGUACAAUUUAUGUAUGAUGAAACUAUAUUUCAAUAUUUUAUGUGUAUUACCAUGAUUAUGAUUAUUAAUUAUAAGUAUUAUUGAUUUUGUGGUUUACAUGUAUGAAUUUAACUGUAUACAGUACUCUUUAAUGUUUGUAUUUUCCUUUGCUUUAAAAAAAAAUGUUUAUGCUUACAAUCAUUCGACAAUGUACCUUUAAUUUGAAAUAUGUACAUUGUAUAUAUAUACAUGUAGAUAUACUUGUACUGUACUUCUAAAAAUAUAUAUACAGUGUAUACAUGUAUAUAUAAGUAAACUAAUUAGUGAUCUCAAUUUUGUCCAAGCAUGCAUAUGAAUAUGAACAUAUUAUAAGAAGUAAUUUUAUUCAUUUACAACAAAUGAUUUCUAUCUGUUUGUGAACUUUAGCUUUAUUUUUAUCUCUGAAUGUCCUUCCAAAAUUAAUAAUUACUGUAAUAAGUAAAAUUGAUAAUAUUACACAUAGAACAUUAGACAUGGUAGAUCUACUCAUGCUAUGUACUGUGCUGGCAAAAACAUCUCCAUUCUGUCAUGAAGGGGAUGGAUUAGGGCAGUCUGUCAUUUUCUGUUUCAAUUUUGGAAUUGGACCAAAAGAGAUUAAAUGAACAAGUCAUCUGUCUCACCAGUUCAGACCCUACACUGUAUCUUGACUAGAACUUAAAACUAUUUAAGGGUCAUAUAUAUAUAUAAUUUUUAUAUAGGAUUGUCUUAAAAUUUAAGCACACUUUAUGGGUUAUUGUAUCCUUGUUAAAAUUAAAAGAUAUGAUUAAGAGAGAAAAAAAUUAUGGUAUGUUCAUAUUUUUAUUUCAAUCUCACUUGUUCAUGAUAUCAGUGUCAAGGUGGGAAUGCAUUUUUUAAUUAUUUAUCAUGGAACGUCUUUGGAAAUGUUCUGUACUUUUAACAGUUCUUGACAAAAUUCUCUGGACAUAAGAUGUAUAACUUAUAAUUUAUAUAAAAUAGUUAGGGUAGGCAUAAAAGAGCCUCCUCAUGGGGUUUUUGAUUAUGUGAUUACUUGGCCGCUUUUAUAGUGAUUAUUUGAUUACCAGACCAAAUAUUUCAUGAUUAUGUGAUUAUAUUGGCAAAAAAUUUGUGAUUAUAUGAUUACUUGGACAUCCCCAUAAGGGGCCUCAUAAAAAUUAGGGGUAGAAAUGGAGGAAGGUGACAUUUACACAACUAUAUUUGCUUUUUGGCCUAACAGAUUAUAUGACCAUUUUAUUUCAUGAUUUAUAAAUUUACUGAGAAUUUAUUUUUAUGUAAUGUUUUUUAUGUGCUGUGUUCCCAGAACUGAUUUUCAUUGUUUACUGAUCAUGCUGAAUGUAAUGUUUAAUUUAUUAAAAAAUUAUGAGCUUU